ACAUGGAUGCUAAUAUCUUGUUUUCCUUUGACCUUGCAGAUACUCGACAGAAUUUAAAUUUCAGAAGCCUGUUAUUGUUUAUAACUACCCAAAGGGAAUAAAAGCAUUCUACAUGAGGCUCAAUGAUGACUUGAAGACCGUUGCUGCUAUGGACGUCCUUGUGCCGAAGGCCAGCAUUCUCUCUCUUUUAUGCCAUCACAUAUGUAUUUACAAUCUUCCGUUUUUCUUUGCUACAUUUUUGAGUCGAUAUUUUCCAAACAUUUCAGGUUGGAGAAAUGAUCGGGGAAGCCAAAGAGAAGAGCGUUAUGAUGUCAUUCGGGAAAGAAUUUCAGAGAUGGGGCUGCCUCUUGAGCCAUACGAGUGGUAUCUUGACCUACGGCGCUUUGGAACAGUUAAACAUUGUGAAUUCGGGUUAGGCUUUGAACGAAUGAUACUCUUUGCCACCGGCGUCGACAACAUUAGAGAUGUUAUUCCCUUCCCAAGAUAUCCAGGUAGAGCUGAUCUUUGAUUGUGUGGUGAUCUGAGGAAAUGAUAUCGAUUUUCAGUUUAAAAAUACUCACGGAU